CUCUCUCUCUCUCUGCGCGCGCGGGGCUUCUCGGCCUCGGCUUCCUGUUCGCGACAUGAACGAUCCCCUGCUCGACGGGGAGAGCAGCGGCGCGGCGCGGAGUAGGAGGGACCGCUUCGCCCGCCGCUCCGACGCCCUCGCUUACGGCUCUCCUUACCAGAAGGCGGCCGCUCUGGUCGAUCUGGCUGAAGAUGGUGUUGGUCUUCCAGUUCAAAUUCUGGAGCAUUCGGAUUUUGAAAGUGCUGCCAAAUUAUACUUCCUCUUCACAAAACUUGACAUCAUCUGGUCCCUCAAUUAUUUUGCCUUAAUAGUACUGAACUUCUUUGAGAAACCUCUGUGGUGCGCCAGAUACUCUGCAGAUGCUUGCAGUGAGAGGGAAUACUUUUUUCUGGGACAGUUACCAUACUUAACGGGUGUAGAAUCUCUGGUAUAUGAGAGCGUAACUCUUGUUAUACUCAUGAUACAUACAUUCUUUCCUGUUUCAUAUGAAGGGUUUCGCAUCUAUGCAAGGAGUCCUCUUAACCAAAUAAAGGUUGUUUGCCUACUGCUUUUGGUCGCUGAUUUACUAGCAUAUGCCCUGUACUUAUCCCCUGUGGUGGCCAUUGAUUAUCUUCCUUUUAGAGCAGCACCUUAUGUUAGAGUUGUCUUUUUCAUCAUGAACAUACGGGAACUGCGAGCGAGCGUCUUCAUUCUGGCAGGCAUGCUUGGGACCUACUUAAAUGUCUUGGCUCUGUUGCUUCUGUUUCUUUUGAUUGCCAGUUGGGUAGCAUAUGUCAUGUUUGAAGAUACCACAGAGGGAAAGACUGAAUUUACCUCAUAUGGUGCCACCUUAUACAAGAUGUUUGUUUUAUACACCACAUCCAAUAAUCCAGAUGUAUGGAUAUCAGCAUAUAAAGUUUCACGUUGGUACUCCCUUUUCUUUGUCCUCUAUAUCCUGCUGGGGGUUUACUUUGUCACGAAUCUGGUCCUUGCUGUUGUGUAUGACAGCUUCAAGAGUCAGCUCGCAAAACAAGUUUCUGAGAUGGACCGAAUGAGGGAAAUCAUGUUAGGAAAAGCCUUUAAGCUCAUAGAUAAGAAUAACGUUGGGCAUAUCAAUAAAGAGCAGUGUGUACACCUGUUUGAGGAACUGAAUGACUACAGGACACUGCCAAAGAUAUCGAGGGAAGAAUUUGAGUUUAUAUUUGAUGAGCUGGAUGAUAGUCAUGACUUCAAGAUCAACACGGAUGAAUUUGACGAUCUUUGCAAUGCAAUUGCCCUUAGAUUCCAGAAGGAGGAUGCUCCUUCUCUGUUCGAGAAAUUUCCAUCAAUCUACAAGUCUCCAUUUUCUGAGAAGUUGAAGGGUUUUGUGAAAAGUUCAAAAUUUGGAUAUAUCAUAUCGUUUUUUCUCGUUCUGAAUCUGGUUGCGGUGAUUGUUGAGACAACGCUGGAUAUUGAAAACAACUCUGGCCAAAAAGUGUGGCAAGAGGUAGAGUUUGUCUUUGGUUGGAUCUAUGUGCUUGAGAUGGCUUUGAAAGUUUAUUCAUUCGGGUUCGAAAACUAUUGGAGGGAUGGUCAAAACCGCUUUGAUUUUCUGAUCACCUGGGUGAUAGUCAUUGGAGAAACUAUCACCUUUGUGGCUCCUAAUGGACUUGACUUUCUUUCAAAUGGAGAAUGGAUUCGGUACCUUCUUCUUGCUAGAUUGAUGAGAUUGAUAAGGCUGCUAAUGCAUGUUAAACGCUACCGAGCUUUUGUUGCUACAUUCUUUACUCUCAUACCAAGUUUGAUGCCAUACCUUGGAAUCAUCUUUUGUGUACUGUGCAUUUAUUGCUCUCUUGGAGAACAGAUCUUCGGUGGGAUGGUCAAUGCUGGGAACUCCAAAUUGGAAGAAACUGAUCUUGCAGCUGAUAACUAUUUGCUUUUCAAUUUUAAUGACUAUCCGAAUGGGAUGAUGACACUUUUCAAUUUGUUAGUCAUGAACAACUGGCAAGACUGGAUGCAGAGCUACAAGGUACUAACAGGGACAUCUUGGACCCUCAUAUAUUUCAUCAGCUUCUACUUAAUAACUGUUCUACUGCUCUUGAAUUUGGUUGUCGCCUUUGUCUUGGAGGCAUUCUUUACUGAAAUGGAUCUUGAAUCAUCAGAAAACUGCGAGGGACAGGACAAGGAAACAAGGGGCAGGCGGCCUCGUUCGGUCGGCACGAAGACAAGAAGUCAGAGAGUUGAUAUCCUGCUUCAUCAUAUGUUGAGCACAGAGCUUGAUAAAGCAAAAUGCACCAGCCCUCAGCCUUAAUCAUGUAGCAUUGAGUUGCAGGCGUGAUUUUGAAGACCCUGAUUCGAGAUUAACUGGUUACAGCAGGCCACAUUGCAUGAACCAUUUUCAGAUGAACUGGUUCGAACCAUACGUAUGUCGUUCUUUUUGCCACGGUUGCUUUUGCCUGUUUGUGUUGUUGAGUAAAUUUUGUACAGAUGCGAACUUCGAUCCUAUAAUUUGCAACACGAGUUUCCGACUUCCGAUGGAAUGAGUAAAUUUUGUGCACAUUA